UUCAGGUACAAACUACAAACAUAGUCAGGAAAACUGCAAGCAAAACUGAUAGGAAUUUCAAACCGUUUCUAACAGAUUGUGUACAACGCAAAUCUUUUGCUUAAUCCGCCAAUCAAAAAAUAGAAAUGGCCCCCGCGGAUGGAUCAACGACCCUCCCUGCGCUAUGGAGCAAUUUCGAGCUGGUUUGUGAAGGCAAAUCCAAUGAUUUAUUGGAUGUAAAAAAGUACCGCUCUCGCCGCACCGGAUUGACAGUGGUUAUUGCUGAUAUAAGUGGCCCAAUUGUGAGUGGCUACUUUGUCUUAGCAACUGAGGCUCACGAUGAUGACGGCUUGCCACACACUCUGGAGCAUUUGAUAUUUUUGGGCAGUGAAAAGUACCCGUACAAGGGUGUUUUGGACUUGUUGGCCAACAGGUGCCUGGCCUCUGGCACCAAUGCGUGGACAGACACGGACCACACGUGCUACACCAUGACGACUGUGGGUUCCGAAGGCUUUCUGAGUUUGAUGCCCAUCUAUUUAGAUCAUAUCCUGUAUCCAACCCUUUCUGAUGAAGGCUUCAUUACCGAGGUCCACCACAUCGACGGAGAGGGUCGAGACAGCGGCGUUGUCUACUGCGAAAUGCAGGGCCGAGAGAAUUCUUGUGAAAGUCUGUGCCACCUAGCAGUGCUCCAGGCACUCUACCCAGGCUCUGGCUAUUCUUCUGAAACUGGAGGAAUCAUGCACAACCUCCGCACCUCGACCGAUAAUGUUAAAGUACGCAACUUCCACAAGCAAUUCUACAGGCCUGAAAACUUGACUCUUGCCAUUACUGGAAAGGUAGAAGCAGAACAAGUGUUCGCAGCAUUGGCCGACUUUGAAAAUAAGAUCAUUGCUAAGGGAAAUAGAGGCGCGUUCGUCCGGCCAUGGCAGACGGAGGUUCAGCCUUUUACAAAGUCCGUUGAACAGCUGGUGCCUUUCCCCUGCGAUGAGGAGAGUGGUGGAUUAGUCAUACUGGCUUGGAGGGGGCCAUCAGCUGCCACAGACAUCUACAAAAUUACCGCUUGCUCGGUGAUGGUCAAGUACUUGGCCGAUACGCCUGUCAGUCCUCUGCAGAGGGACUUGGUUGAGAUCAAAGACCCCUGUGCGAGCAACAUUUCCUACAUGCUGAUUGAGAACUCUUCUUCAGCUCUUCUCUUUUGCUUUGAGAACGUGCCUGUGGAGAAAUUGGAGAGUGUCAAAGGAUCGUUUGACAACACCAUGGGAAACAUCUUGUCAGGAAAAGAGCAAAUUGAUGAGAUCAGGCUCAAGUCUGUCAUCAAUCGACAGCUUCUGGAAACGUUGAGUGCUUUGGAAUCCAGUCCACAUGACAUGAUUGGCUUCAUGGCCAUUGCUGACAUGCUCUACGGAAGAAACCAGCAAGAUUUCCAGCAACGACUUAACAUGGUCAAAGACCUGCGCAAACUUUUGGAAGAGCCAAACUCGUUCUGGAUCCAACUGCUGAACCAGUACAUGGGGCCUGAUGUCCCGUUUGUUUUGGUUAAAGGCCAACCUAGUGUUGAGCUCAAAGCCAAAAUGACUCAGGAAGAAGAAGAGAGGGUACAGCAGCAGCGUGCAGCUCUCGGAGAGGAUGGACUCAAGGGCAAGGCUGACGCAAUCGUCGCGGCUAUGCAGAAAAAUGAUAUUCCACCACCCGACGAAAUGUUGACUUCAGUGCCUCUGCCAGGAGUUGAUGGAAUCAAUUUCCAUCCGAUUGAGAGCUUUAGCUCAAACAACCCUGAAGUAACGCACCCCAACUUCUCCAACAUCUGCGCUCCAGGCGUGAUGACGCACUUGUUGAAUGUCAAAUCAAACUUUGUCUAUAUGUUCACCCUGAUGGACACUAGCAAGAUUUCUUCCAACCUGCGGAUUUACCUUCCACUUCUGCUAGAAAGCAUUCUGGAAAGUCCAGUCGUUAGAGAUGGGGUUUUGAUCCCUUACGAGGCAGUUGUCGCCGAGCUAGAGUCGGACACGGUCAUUUCCUCAACUGCCUUCGGCCUGGGAGUUCCCAAAAGAUUCUCUUGUGGCCCGUUUGGUCAAACUGCCGUCCUGAUGCUGCAGCUGGAGCCUGGAAAGUACGAGCGCUGCGUGAAAUGGAUGCAGGAGAUUUUGUUCCACUCGCAGCUCACGAUGGAAAGGCUCUCUGUGAUAGCUACCAAAAUGAUGAAUGACGUUGCACAGGCCAAGAGAAACGCAAACAGUAUUGCACUAGCUGUCCUCAAGUCAAUGAUGUUCUGCAAAGAGAGCAACUGGCACUGUUCAAGCAUGAUCAGACAGCACAGAACACUGACGGAAGUAUGCUCUGCUCUGGAGGCUGGAGGGGACAACGCUAAGAAGUUCCUUGAGCAAAUCAACCAACUUCGAGAUGAACUCGUCAAGCCUGAAAACCUGUCUAUCACGAUUGCUGCCAACUUUGACAACCUGGAGAAUGCAGACCAACCAUGGACCGGAUUUUUGCCUGCCAAGCUGGAGCCAUCAAUCAAACCGUUGCAAAUCACUGCUGACUGCGAGCUGAUCGACCAGUGCCAGACGGACAGAGGAAGCGUGGUUGGACUUGGCUGCGCAGAGUCGGCCUUCCUGAAAUACUGUUGUCCCAGCCUCGUGGGUUACAAUCACGAGGACCUGCCAGCCAUGCAGCUUUUCAGCCAGUACUUGUCCCAGCUGGAGGGGCCGCUGUGGAAGCAGGUGCGUGGACAGGGGCUCACCUACAGUUACAACUUGUACAGCGAUGCCAACGAGGGAAAGCUGUACUUCACUCUCUACCGGUCAACCAACGUGGUUGCUGCUUUCAAGGAGGCAAAAGCUAUCGUGGAAGCGCAACUGCAGCCUGACGCAGUUUGGGACGAAACUCUUCUGGACAGUGCUCGCAAUUCGUUGGUCAACGAAACUAUCCAAAACGAAAGAACAGUCGGUGAAGCUGUCAUGAACGGUCUUUUGACCUUCUUCAAAAGGGUGCAUCUCAAUUACAACAAGGAUCUUGUGGAAAAGCUGCUCAAGGUCAGUGUGGAUGAUUUGCGCAGAGUAGGCAACAAAUAUGUUGCCCAGCUUUUCAACCCUGGAUCGGCGCAAUUUUCAAUCGUGACCCACCCUAGCAAGAUUGACGAAAUUACUGAAGCAUUCACUAAGAUGGGCUACCAAGUCAAAAUGCACCCAUCCCUGGACGAAUGCCCGCUGGCCUGAAAAUG